AUGGGAAAACUACCAGUAAUUGAGUUGUUCUUUCUCUCACUUUGCCUCCUAAUAAUCCCAUUUUCUGUUGGGAGCAGUGAUGGCCACUUGGUUGCUUGCUUGGCCUCUGAUCGUAAAGCUCUCAUGGACUUCAAAACAGGGCUUCAUGAUCCGAAUAAUGUGCUAUCUUCAUGGAGGGGUAGUAAAUGUUGUGAAUGGCAUGGAAUAGAGUGCGACAACAGUACAAAAGCAGUUGUUGCAGUUGAUCUCCACAAUCCGUAUGGGUUUGAAUAUUCAUCUUAUGACAGGUAUGCGUUCUGGAACUUGAGUGGUGAGAUAAGACCGUCUUUGAUGAAGCUCAAGUCAUUAAGGCAUUUAGACUUGAGUUUUAACAACUUUGAUGGCAUAACAAUACCUGAAUUCUUUGGUUCAUUGGAGAAUUUGCAAUAUCUGAACUUGUCAAAUGCUGGUUUUAGUGGCCUCAUUCCUGCACAUUUGGGAAACUUAUCUCACUUGAAAGUUCUUGAUCUUCAUAAUAGUGCCAACUUAUGGAAUAUUUUGUGUGCUGAUAAUUUCCAAUGGAUAACUGUCCUUGUCUCUUUAGAACACCUUGUUAUGAAUGGGGUCAACCUUUCAUUGGUGAAAGACUGGGCUGGUGCAUUAAAUCAACUGCCUUCUAUUGUUGAAUUGCAUCUAUCUGGUUGUUACUUGUCUGGUUAUAUUCCAUCUGUGCCUUAUUUGAAUUUUUCUUCACUUGCUGUCAUGGAUCUUAGCUCUAAUAGCUUCUAUUCAAAGAUACCCGAUUGGCUUGUGAAUAUAAGUAGCUUGCAACAUAUUGAUAUGACGGACAGUAACCUACAUGGAAGAAUACCGCUUGGUCUAGGAGAAAUGCCAAAUUUAUUGUCGUUGGAUUUAAGUCUGAAUAAUGUUACGGCGAACUGUUCCCAACUGUUUCGAAAAAGAUGGGAAAAGAUACAAGUCCUUGAUUUGUCAUUCAAUAAUUUGUAUGGAAAACUUCCCUUGCCUUUGGGAAACAUGACUUCUCUCACCUUAUUUUAUCUUGAUUAUAAUGCUAUUGAGGGUGGUAUUCCCAGCUCUAUUGGAAAACUUUGCAACUUGAAUAGCUUUUCUUUAUCUACAAAUGAGAUGACAGGAAAUCUACCUGAAAUUCUUGAAGGAACACAAACUUGCCCUUUUAAGAAACCUCUACAUAAUUUGCAAUAUUUUGAUUUGGGCUAUAAUAAAUUGGGUGGUAAAAUCCCAUAUUGGAUAGGUCAACUAGAAAAUAUGGUUAAUCUUGACCUUAGGUAUAAUUUGUUUCAAGGACAUAUCCCUGCUUCUUUGGGAUCAUUGCGAAAUCUUGUUACCUUGAACCUUCAAAAGAAUAAACUCGAUGGGACUGUUCCAGAAAGUUUAGGACAACUUUCUUCCCUAUCGGAAUUUGAUAUUUCUUCUAAUCAAUUGGGAGGCAUAAUAUCUCAAAUUCAUUUUUCAAAGUUGAUCAAUCUGGAUGUCUUAGACUUAUCCUCCAAUUUGUUCAUUGUGAACAUCAGCUCCAAUUGGAUGCCACCAUUCCAAGUUGAAGCACUUAUAAUGAGAUCAUGCAUCUUGGGACCUUCGUUUCCAUCUUGGCUCCAGUCACAGAAAGAGAUAAAAAUUUUGAACCUUUCAAAUGCUAGCAUUUCAGAUUCUAUACCAAAUUGGUUUUGGAUGAGAAUGACUAACUUUAGUUUCUUAUCUCUUUCCCAAAAUCAAUUUUCUGGACAAAUACCAAAGUCUAUAGGGCAAAAGUGUGAUUCUCUUUUGACCAUUGAUCUUUCAAGCAACAAUUUCAUUGGGAGGAUCCCUUCAAGCCUUGGAAAUUGUUCAUGGUUGGAUGAACUAGAUCUUAGCAACAACAAUUUGUCUGGGGAUAUUCCAAAUUCCUUAGGUCAAUUGAAAUGGCUCAUAUUUUUGCACCUAAGUGACAACCGGCUCUCAGGAAAUUUACCACUAUCAUUUAUGAAUUUAUCCGAUUUGCAGACCUUGGACCUUGGUAACAAUGAGCUUUUUGGUGGAAUUCCUUCUUGGAUUGGAGAUAGAUUUGGCUUUCUUGAAUUUCUUGACUUGAGAUCCAAUGCCUUCUUUGGAGAAAUUCCUCAUGAGCUCUCAAAACUAAGUUUAUUGCAAGUGCUGGAUCUUGGGGAGAAUGACUUGAGUGGUAACAUUCCAGCCAACUUUGGUGAUCUUAAAGCAAUGAUUCUAAACAAAAGUAGGGAGCGAGUAGGGUUCGGGACUCAGGGUAUUACAGUUAGACAGUCAAAUUAUAAUUAUGAUGGGAGAGAUAAAGAUAGGUUGGUUGUGAAUGCAAAAGGCCAGUCAUUGAUGUACACCACCACUCUUUAUCUAGUCACCAGCAUAGACCUUUCUGGAAACAACCUGUCUGGAAGAAUUCCCCAUGAAUUGACAAAACUAUCUGGUCUAACCUAUUUGAGCCUAUCAAGAAAUCACCUAACCGGCAGCAUUCCAGAGAGCAUAUCAAAUAUGAGUCAGCUAUUAUCCCUUGAUCUCUCAAGUAAUCAACUCACUGGUUCUAUUCCUCAAAACUUGUCUUCCUUAUCAUUUUUGGGCUACUUGAAUUUGUCCUACAACAAUCUUUCAGGUCCCAUCCCUUACACAGGUCACACAACAACUUUCGAAGCAUCUUCAUUUGUUGGGAACCCUGAUCUCUAUGGUUGUCCCCUUCCCGUGAGGUGCCUAUGUAAUGGUUAUGGUCAUGUUAAUGGUUCUAACAGGGAAGCAGGCAAUGAUGAAGCCGAUGAUUCUGAUGGGCUCAUUGAUAAGUGGUUUUACUUGAGUGUUGGAUUGGGAUUUGCUACCGGGCUUUUAGUGCCUUUUCUCAUAUUAGCAAUGAAGAGAUCUUGGAGUGAUGCUUACUUUGCUUUUGUGGAAGUGGUCAUUGUAAAAUUUCUUGUGUUGUUGCAUGGAACAAGAAUCAAUAAUGGCCGCAGAAUCAAGCCCCGUCACAAACGAUGGUUUUAG